AUGGCCAUUGACCUUAUCAAACGGAAUGAUUGCCGCAACUUCGUUAUCCUCGAGAAGGGUAGCAGUGUCGGAGGCACAUGGAAUGAUAACAAAUAUCCUGGUUGUUGCUGUGACGUAUGGAGUACUUUAUACAGCUACUCCUUUGAGCAGAAUCCAAAAUGGACGAGAGAAUAUCCUGGACAGGAGGAACUCCAUGCCUAUCUUGUCGGUGUUGCUGAGAAGUAUAGUCUCUAUAAACACAUCCGAUUCAAUUCGACCGUUAAAGAAGCAAGAUGGAAUGACACCGAGUCCAAGUGGGAAACCAGUGUCAAAAUGACAGGCCAAAAAGAUAGCGAGUUCUCUGACUCCUACAUUAUCAACUCUGACUUCCUGAUCUCGGCGGUCGGUCAGCUUAAUGCACCACAAGAGCCCAAUAUCCCGGGGUUAAAAGAUUUUCAAGGGAAGAUGAUGCAUAGCGCUCGGUGGGACUGGACCUACGAUCUGAAGAACAAACGAAUUGCAAUUAUUGGCAAUGGUGCAACGGCGGCCCAAAUCAUCCCCGAAAUUGCCCCACAGGCAUCACACCUCACCGUCUUUCAGCGUACUCCGAACUGGGUCGUUCCUCGGGGUGAUGCACCCGUAUCUGCCCUCCAGCAAGCUUUAUUGACCUACAUACCCCCACUCCGUUGGCGUAAGCGCGCUCUACAGAUGGACUAUCGCGAAAGCUUUCACGACGCCGUCUUUGAUAAGGACUCAUCAUUCGCCCAAAUGAUGCGUGAUUGGAGUGGCGGUAUGCUCAAAGAUCAAUUGGCCGGUAAACCAGAACUUUGGGACAAAUUGACACCUAACUAUGCGCCUGGCUGCAAGAGAGUGAUCAUAUCCGAUGACUACUAUCCCGCUCUUGCGCGCGACAAUGUCAGUCUAGAGACGCGAAAGAUCACCCGUAUCACAAAAAAGGGCAUUGAAGUCGAUGACUGCGGCGAGCAAGAAUACGAUGUCAUCCUGCUGGCCACUGGAUUCAGGACCGUCGAGUUUAUGUAUCCAAUUCAAAUGUAUGGUGCAAAUGGAAGAUCUCUCGAAGAUAUUUGGAAAGACGGUGCAACGGCCUACAGAGGUGUGACUGUCGAGGACUUGCCAAACUUUGGCAUGUUUUAUGGUCCCAAUACCAAUCUUGGGCACAAUUCCAUCAUCCUUAUGAUCGAGGCUCAAUCAAGAUACCUGAAUAGCCUGGUUGGGGAGGUCAUGCGAGUUAAACAACAAGGACGAAAGCUAUCGCUCAAGCCAACUCCUGAGGCCGUAAAAGACUUCAAUGAUAGAAUUCAGGAAGUGUUGCGGAAUAGUAGCUUUGCAGACCCGAACUGCAACAGCUGGUAUAAAAGAGCGGACGGAGUCAUUACCAACAACUGGUCCGGAACGGUCGUUGAAUAUCAGGAGGAACUGUCACAGGUUCAAUGGCAGGACUAUAUUGCUGGUGGGUCUGGAAAAAGUCUCAUCGCCAAAAAGCGGCCCACAUACCUGGGGCGAGUAAAGGAGGAGUCAUUUUUCUCCAGCACGUCGCUUCUUCUUGGUACUGUUGGUACUCUUGUCAUUGUUGGAGGAUACUUCGCAGCCCGCCCUAAUCUUUUGAGGUCUCGUUAA